AUGCAUCGAGAAUCUUCGGACAAAAUAAAAGCCAUGGACUACGACGACCAAUCAUCUGGCAGCUUGCAGGACCUUGACGAUGAUGAUCUUCAGUUGCAGCUUCAGCUCCAGCCUGAAAGCGAGCAACUCGAUGACAAGGGUAUGGUUAUCGAUGCCAACACGCAUCAACAUCCACGCUUGGGAAAGACACUCUCUGAUAGCUUCACCUCUCAACAGGAGUCAUCACUAGAUGACAACGACGAUGACGAUGACGAGGAGAAGGAUGAAGUGGAAGAGGAAGAUCGCUACGUGCCCAAACAAGUCAUGGCGGAGAGAAACUCAGCCGAAGGUGUUGAAUACCUAAUCCGAUGGCAAUGCUAUCCAGAUCAAGACGACUGGACAUGGGAACCGGAGCAAAAUCUGUUGGAAGAUGUUCCUGAUCUCAUCAAUGCUUGGAAGAAGAAGGAGCAUGGCUUCGAGGAUGUCGGCGAGACUACUGCUUGGAACGAUGUACCGGAGAAGAUUCUUGGAAAGAGGAGAUUCAAAGGCAAGCCGCAUUAUCUAAUACAAUGGAUGGGAUAUCCUCGACAAGAAGAUCGCACGUGGGAGCCUUGUGACAGGUUCAAGGAUGAUGUUCCAUCACUUGUUGAUGCGUUCGAGGCGAAGAGGAAGAAGAAGAAAUAA